CGCAAAUUCACUGCUUACAAUUGCAACUGACAGCCACAGCAGCUACUGGUUAUCAGGGUUACUUGUCCGCCUGUUGACCAUAAACGCUUAGGCUGCCUUCCACGCGCUUAUUAUAUUAUCUAGCAUACAUAUGUCGAAGCGCAUAUUUCAUCUACUCACACCAUUCUUAAUAGCUUUUCUUAUCCUUAAUAGCUUUAUGCGCUCCACUUGCUUAUUUGAUUGGCACAAAUGUCAAUAGUCACAAAAAGCAGCAACAACAAUUUGCCAAUACCCUCACUCGUCGUGGGCUGAGUGUAUGCCACCCAAGGAGUGUUAUUAUGCAUUCAACUGUUUUGGGUUUCGACCACUGCUGUUAUCGCUUCCGUUGCGAGCAAUUUCAGGCCGCUCAAUAGUCGAGUCUGUCUUGUUUAAGCAAUAACACACAGUGUCUGUUAGCAGCAAAAAUUUCGAGCAAAAAAGUAUUUUCUUGUUGUGUCAUAUUUUCUUGAAUUAUGUAAGAUAACAUUUGGCCACACCCUUUUUCAGUAUAAGUAAACAUAUUUAAACUUGUAAAUCUACAUGCAGGAGAUAUCAACAAGAAAAUACGUCAUCUUCUGCUGCACCGCAGCUAUAUACUCUUCACAGUUGCAUUUCUUUUAUCAUAAAAGAAUAUAAAAAAAUCUUUAUCUUGAUAUUGAUCGGCCAGUUUGUAUGGCAGUUCUAGGCAAUUAUAGCCGAUCUGAAUAAUAUGUUCGAAGAUGAUAGCGUUGCCCUGGACAAUAAUCUGUACCAAAUUUUAUGAAGGUAAUUUUUCAAACAAAAUAAUACAGUAAAAGUGCUAUAGUGGUCUGAUAUCGGCGAUUCCAACAAAUGACCAACUUCUUUAGGGAGACAAGGACGUGAGCAACAUUUCAUAUCGAUACAUCAAAAAUUAAGGGAGUCGUUCACGUCUGUUCUGGUCACGCUGAUCAUUUAUGUAUAUAUGUAUUAUAAGGUCUCCGAAGUUUCUUUUUGGGUAUUACAAACUUUGUGGCAAACUUAUAUAUCCCGUUUCUGGUAUAAAAAUUGUUCUCAUUACCUCAUGGUCGUUGAAUAGGUAUAAUAUUAUAUAACAACAGUGGGAAAAUUUGGCAGCUCCGAGAGAAAUGACGUUAUGCCAGAGCUCUUCGCAAAAUUAAGCGAUUUUAAAAAAUCAGUUUUGGCACUUUAGUCUAAGUCUAGAAAACAAAACAAACAUAAAACAAGUGUGAAAAUGCCAUUAGCGUUCCGCAGGUGCACGCUGCAGGCCGCGCUGCUCGCUUGGCUCUGCGUGGCCAUGUCGCCGUUGCGCGCCAGCGCUAGCAUCGUGGAAAAACUCCGCGAUGAUUCCGAUCUGUCGCAGGCGACAACGCUGAGGCGCCUUAUACCUGUUAGGUUUUAUAGUUUACUAGAGCAAAAUAUCAUUGCGAAUUCCACUUUAACACUGCGACCAUGCACAGUGUUUGUGCCUACAAAUGCUGCAUUCCAGCGCCAUCAUGGACCCACACAUGUGCUCUAUCACAUAACAACGACACCAAUGACGAAGGACGAACUCAUAAAGGUUAUACCGUCGGAUAUGGGUGGCAAUCCAUCAUUGUACAUAACGAAAAAUCGCAAUGGCGAUAUUUAUGUGAAUAACGCUAGAAUAAUACCAUCGCUGACGGUCGAAAUGACCAAUAGUCUGGGAAUGCGUCAGGUGAUGCACAUUAUCGAUGAAGUCUUGGUGCCACUUACUGCUCUGCCCACUGCCAAAAUGGAGUUCACCAAUUUGGAUGCCUAUCAAUUCAUGAAACAGGCCGACAUUUUAGAUAUCGGCGAGAAUCGCUUGAGAUCGUAUCGCUCGCAAGUGACAUUAAUGCGUAAGGAUAAUCUCUAUCAAUCGCCAGGUGGACACACAUUUUUAAUACCCGUCGAUGAAGGUUUCAAGCAAACCACACGCAGCAGCCUGGUGGACAACAAAGUCAUCGACGGACACGUCAUACCUAACAAUGUGAUUUUUACGGCAGCCGCACAAAUGGAAGUGCCACAAACCACAGCCGCAUUCGAGGACAAUCUCAAAGUAACCGUUAGUUUCUUCAAACAAAAAGAUGGCAAAAUGUACGUUAAAUCGAAUACUAUUUUAGGUGACGCCAAGCACCCCACCGGUGUGGUACUGGCGGAAAUUGUCAAAGGCAACAUUCCGGUGCGAAAUGGUGUGGUGCAUCUGAUACAUCGGCCGCUAAUGAUAAUCGACUCGACGGUGACGCAAUUUCUACAGAAAAAUUUUGGGUGCGAUUCCUUUAAGUUGAUGAAUGAUAAUGAAAAUGGUGCUCUGCGCAAAUUUUAUGACGUUAUUAUGGAUAACGGUGGCGAAGUGCUAACCGACAUUAGCAACUUGGGAGAAAUUACAAUUUUGGCACCCAGCAAUGAUGCCUGGGAGGCCAAGGAUGUGCAAAACUUAAUAAGAAAUCGUGAGAAAUUGCGUGAUAUCCUGAAUAUGCACAUUAUCAAGGACAAGCUGAAUGUUGAUCGAAUACGCCAAAAGAACAAAAACAUUAUUGCCCAGGUGCCAACUGUUAACAAUCGUACAUUUUUGUAUUUCAACAUUAAAGAAGAAAAUGACGAAGAAAUCAUAACUGUUGAAGGUGGUGGCGUCAAUGCAACUGUACUACAAGCGGAUGUUGCUCAAACUAACGGUUAUGUACACAUUAUUGACAAAGUUUUGGGCGUUCCAUAUACAACUGUACUCGAAAAACUCGAAACGGAUCCUAUGAUGAGCGAUACCUUCAAAUUGGGUCAAUUUUCCGCAUUUAAUAAUCAACUGAAUAACACACAACGUCGCUUCACCUACUUUGUGCCACGUGACAAGGCUUGGCAAAAGACCAAAUUGGACUACCCUUCAACACAUAAGAAACUCUUCAUGGAAGACUUCUCCUACCAUUCAAGGUCAAUAUUGGAACGCCACUUGGUAAUUGCCGAUAAUGUGUAUACGAUGAACGACUUGGUAGCCAUGACAGCUGCGUCUGGCGACUCCAUUUUGCUGCCUACCUACAGGGAUUCACUGAAAGUUAAAGUAGAAGAGGAAGCUGGACAUCUUCACGAUGAAUAUGCUUCACAUGAGUGGACUGGUUAUGUUAUCACUUGGAAUUUCAAGAAGAUCAACGUCUAUCGACCGGAUGUCGAGUGCACCAACGGUAUAAUACAUGUCAUCGACUAUCCCAUGCUGGAGGAGCGAGACGUCGUCGUCAACGGAGGUAGUUAUCCGUUAGGCACUAACUUGAGCAUUCUCUUCUCAAAUAUCCUCAUGAUAGCAAUAGCGAAAUUUCUUUUCUUAAAUAAUUAAUUUUAUGUAUAAAUUAACUUACAACAACAAAACAACAAAAACCAAACAAAAACUCAUUUUAAAUGAAAAAUAAUCAAAAACAAAAAAAAAACCAAAUCGAAAAAAUAGAAAACAAAACAUGCAACAAAGUGAACAUACCCUCAUACAAUCAAAGUUCAUAGCCAGCAAACCGAGCAUCACACAUCCAAACACCAUAUUUGCCUGCCCCAUUAUGUAACAUACAGAUCACAUGACUCACGCGUUGCACAUGCCAUCGCUGCAUGUACCAUACACAUAUUGGCGAAAACAACAAAAGCAAAAAAAAAAAAAGAAAACCAAAUGCGUUCGCUAUUUGCGGCUGCCAGCAAGCAAAAAUGGAACAAAAGCCAUUCGUGUACAUUACAACUUUGAAUGCAGCCCAAUUUUAUACAAAAUACGUGUAUUUUGAAUGUCCGGCAACACCAAAACCGCUAAGGCAGAGUUAAAAGUAAAUUUUUUCAGUUUUCUCUCUUCACACAACGAAACGAAACUCACAUGUAUGUAAAUAACUUGUGACCAAAGAAUUGCAUUAAUAGUUGUGUGGCAUGUCACCAGCACAUCCUACAUACAUACAUAUUUAAGUACACAUUAAGUUUGCACAAGCAAAAUAAAAAACGAAAAAAAAAGUGCAUAUUGCUUUUCAGCUAAAAAGUUUUUCAGCCGUCUUCAUCAAUUUUAUAUAUAUUUUUUUUAAAUUUGUAUUUAAUAGUGUUUUUUUUUAUUUCUGCUCCUUUCCGACUAGUAUUAACCGAUCUUACUUAUUUACACACAGAACGUAUAUAAGUAUGUAACACCUUCUGUGUGUUGUGCGAAAUCAUUGUAAAUUAGCAUUGAAUGAAACUGACUUGUAUGUGCUAGCUAAAGUUUAAAUAUUGUAAUUAUGUAUAUUUACUAAACAUGUAAUUCAUACAGAGCAUACAGUUGUUUUUAUUUUUAUAUUUUAUAAUUUUUUAAUAAUUUAAAUUUUGUAUUUAUUAUUUUUAGUCACUUGCGUGCAUAAGUAAUAGUAUGCGCACAUUUAAAAUGUAAAAAAGUUGCCUUUAGUUUCAAUUGGUUGCUUUAAAAUAAAAAUAAAACAUAAAAAAAAAUUUAAAAAAAAAACAUAAUAAUAAAAAUUUGUAGUUUUGCUAUUAUUGAAUUUAUGUAACUUUUAAGUUAAUUUAAUUUGUAUAUUCGAAAACACCUAAGAUUUCUUUAUAGUUUCUUAUUAAAAGAUAUAACAAAUUUCUUAUUGAAUAAAAUAAUAAUUUUCUUAUUGAAAAAAAGUAAAUAUCAUUAUAUAACAACUAACUAAAAGCAUUCUUAAAUAAAUAUUUUACUAUAAGAUAAUUCAAACUAACAUGUAUCAAAUUGCAUCUGAAAGUGAGUAACAAGCAAUAUUUAUUGAAAACAAUUAUUACAUGUACGCCUAUUUUAAACAUAUUCCUGACAAAACAAAAAAAGUUUUUCACCUGCAUAAAAAAAAUCGUCCAUUAAAUAUAAUAUUCCAUAUUGAUUCACGGGUUCAAGUUAGAUUAAAAUAUAUUUUUAAAUAAUCUUCGAUAUUUUUAAAACAUAUUAUUAAGUUUUCAUUAAGAUUUGCAUGUGCUAUUAAGAAAUAUUAAUUUCUACAUCCAUUGAAAGUUUUUCCAAUAACAUUUUGUUCAUAAAUCAAAAUUGUGCUUUCGCAUAAGCAUUAGUAAUCACGAUCACAACCUGCUAAACAUUUGACGUAACAACACAAAAAUUAAUAUAAAAAAAAUCAUCAAAUAUAUACAUACAUAUAUAAACCAAACUGCCGAAUUACAUUAAACAAAAUUCUAGAAAUUUGAAAAGGAAGUCUGCAUUUUAUUAGCUUCUAGAAAUGGGCACACGAAUUUUUAGGUUAACGCCUAAGCCAAAGGAAUGCAUAGUUCAUUAUACGCAUAUUUAUAUAACGACUCAUGUCAUUGCCAUUUACAUGAAAUUAUAAGCAAAGAAUUAAAAAUAAAUGAGUAAACAUUUCCGUUGCUUCAAUUCGUUAAAUUUAAUAAAUACUAAUGUACAUAAAAUAGCAGCUCCAAGGAUCAUAUAAUACCAAUAACUACAAACAUUUAGUAUAUCUCUAAAUACUACUUAAGUAUUGAAUACAAACUUAAGUAAAUGCUUGUCUGAUUUCGUGCCGCUUUGAGUAGAGAACUGUUAUUCUAUUUUUUUUUUCAUUAACAUUACUUCGAUUACUCGUAAUCAUUAUUUGAUAAUUGUAAUCAUUGUUGUUACCACUAUUUGAUUACAUUGUAAUCAUUACUUGAUUACAUUUUAUGAUUACAAAAAACUUUGAAAAUUAUGCUAUCGAAUAAUAACUAAUUUGUGUCCAAUUGUGUAUUUUACCUUGUUUCCUUCUGCAAUAUUUCAUAUUUUCCAUCGAUUUAUAACAGUGUUUCAUAUGUUUCAUAUUUCAUUCGAAGAUACAUAUGUACAUACAUAUAUUGUACCAUUUUCUCAUACAUACAUACAUACUGCAAUAAUCUUCACUGUAAAAACUCGCCUUGCCUGUAGACAUGUUGAUUGACGCAGUAACAACAACAACAAAUCAUAUGCAAGUAUAAAAAACGCAAACAGUAGCUAUUAUAAAACUAUUUAAAAAAUAUAUUAGCAGUAGCUCAACGGCAGCAGCACACCUGCUAAUAGUGUCUGUUCAAAUAUUUGUAUGUAGUGUUAAAACAACAACAUCAAACAGCAUACAUUACUACCACUAUUCCACUUGCAACCACAUCUUGUAAUGAAAAGUCAAAUAAAAAAAUUAAUAUUAUUAUAAUUUAAAAAAGCAAAUAUAAUACUAAUAGUUAACCAUUACAAGAAACCAAAAACAAAAAAUCAACAACAACAACAAAGACUUUCUAUAUAUAUGCUAUAAACCUUAUAUAUUUAUAGGUUAGGCAUUAACCUAGCAACCUUCAACUACUACACUACAUACUCACAUUAUGUAGGUAAUGCGCAGAACUAUCUGCUUUGAUGUGUGUGUACCAUAAUUAUCAGAUCACAUUCCGAAACUGUUCAACAUUCUUAUUGAUUACGUUAGUGAUUACGAUUUUUAAUUACUCUUCUACUUCAACUACAUAUGUAUGUAUGUAUAAUAAUGAUAUUUAAAUAUUUAAUUGAAGUUUAAAUUACCGUUGUUCAAAUUAAAAUGAAAUAAAAAAUAAAAAAUGAUGAAUAUAUUAAAAAAAAAUUAAUUACUAAGUAAUUAGUUAAGCAUAAAAUUGAAAAAAUUAAAAAAACAACAACUAAACAGAUAUAUUCAAUGAAGCUAAAAAAAGACGAAAUUAAUUAUAUAAUAAAAGUAUAUAAUUGCAAUAAAAAACCAAUUAUCAACUUCAUUAAUUUUGGUAGUUAAUACGAGUAAUCAACAUUUAAGCAAUUCGUGCUCGCAGUAGACGCAAAACAUUGUAAGCUAAAGAAAAAGUAUUUUUUAGAGUGUGUGGUGAGCUUGCUUAUGGAUUAUGGUGAAAUACACAAUUUUAAUACCAGAAAAGCAUAAACACAUUUUCUAAAGCACUCAUUUUAAAAAAAAAUUUAAAUGUAAGGCAUAAAUCUAGCAAGCAUAUUUUUCGAUAUGCUUCGAGAAAGCGUAUGAUAUUGAGAGAAAUAUAUGCAUAUACUAUAAACAGUGACGGUUAGAUAUUAUCAAACACAAAAGUCAAAAACGAACUGCAAGAAAUACUGUCAGUUGUGGCCACAUGAUGCUUAGGCUGAGCACAUAGUAAAGGGACAUGCAAUUUGGCGCAAAGAGAAGACAAAAAAGUUAUCUGAGUAGCAAUUAAUUGGAUUUAUUGAGGGUAGUGAGCGUAUUCUAUCUGGAUAUGCCUUAAGGUUUUAGAUUACAGCGCAACUUUAAGUAGAACAAAUGUUUGGUUUCUAAAAACUAGAAAAGCUCAAGUUUUGGAGUCAAGUAUUUUAGGUAAUGGUAUGUAACCGGAAGCAUUGUAUGUACGUAUAUAGCGUAAAUUCGCGAAACCUUAUAUGGGAAACGUAGCUUAAAUACCUGUCGGCUGUAUUCAAAGUUGCAUUUAAGAUUAUAAUUGAACGUCUUACUGAAAACAUUAAAAUUUCAAGUAAAUUGUUAUUUAAAGUUGCAUGCAUUAAAAUCUUUUGCCUUUACACUUAAGCCUUGUCUCGAGAAGUAACACUUUAAAGAGUAAAAAAAAAAAUUGUUUUACAAUUAAAAUGUUUUUCUUUUCAUUUUAAAUAAUAUUAAAUUAGAUUGGAAGUUCAAAACAUUUAUGUAAUUAAAUAAAAAUUAACGGAAACUAAUGAUAUGAAAACGAGUAUUCCGAUAGAAUUGAAUGAGGAAUAUAACACUGACGCUUAAAAAAGCUUUUGUGACCUUCAAGCAUUCACACACUUCAAACGGUGCAAAUAUAAAAUUAACAAAAUUUAAUUACAGUAUUUAUUGAAAAUAUUAGAUAAAUGUAAAAAAUAAGAAAAAAUAUUAAUAACAACAAUAAUAUAUUAUACAUAUGUAUAUGCAAACUUAUUGCUGUAGUCAGUAGUUACACGUUAAGAUCAUAAACAUCUACUUCAAAAACAUAUAUUAAACAUCACAACGUCCCGCCUCUUUUACACAAACACAAUCACAACGUAUACAAAUACACAACAAAAAUUGCCCAAAAGCUACUUAAUUUAAGUAAAAUAUCGUUUGAGAGAAAUUACAACACCUAAAAUACCGUUAUGUGGCGAAAAAUCAAGCACACCAAGUAAAUAUGUAUCAUUUUCCACACCUGAGACUCCCCGGACCCAUAGCUGUAACAUACACACAUGCAAGCGUAGGAUGUAUAUGUAGUUGUGUAGCGUGUGUAAGGUGCAUGCAUGUAGCAUUGACGAGCGUGCACAAUUCUACACAUUAGCAAAUCGGUUCAUUAUAUAACUAUUAUCUAACAACAAAAUUAACGUGUAACUAGUGCCUUACUAAAAUUUAACUAAUUACCUAAACCAUAACCUUAAAUACAUGUGUAAACAUAACUUUAUUUUAAAACAUAACAAAUACAUAUAUAUUUUAUUAAAAAUAAAUUAAAAAACAAUAAUUAUGCCUAACACUUUGUAGUAUUGCCAGCUUACAGAAAAAUGUUAAAUUUAAACUAUAAAAAAAUGAUAACUUUAAAAAGUCUUGGGCAUGUCAAGUGCUACUUCAUACAAAAAACAUAAUGUAUAAAUGUAUAGAAAAUAUAUACAUACUUACAAAAUAAAUGCAUAUACAUUAAGAGAGAGCGUAUUUAAAAAGAUUAAAUUAAUUAUAUUUUUAGUAGUUUAUUUAGAUAAGCAAAUAAAGCUUGCGUAUAAAUAUAAAUCAAGAACCAAAAACGUAUGUAUGUUAUUCACAGAGCAGCCAGUUCGGAUAAUGUUAGUUAACAUUAAUAAAUAUAAUAUUAAAACGCUAGUUUAACAUAACAACAGCAGAGAAAAUUAAACUAAAAAGAGUGUAUGCUAAUGGAAGAAAUAUUAUUUUAACAUAGCAACAGCAGGGAAUAUUAACUUAACAGAGCAUAUGUUAAAUAUAAUUAAGAAAUGUUAGUUUAACAUAGCUAAAGAAAAGAAAGUUAAACUUAACAGAGCAUGCUAAAUAAAAGAAGAAACGUUAGUUUAACUUAGCAACAGCAGAGGAUAGAGUUAAAAUUAACAUUAUAAGUACGCUGUUAAGUAGUUCCCAGAGAGUUCAGCGGAAUCAGUUGUCUAAUGUUUACAUAAUUGUUUUAAAUAUUCACUAAUUUUCGCAAUAAUUGCUUUUGUUCUUCUGUAAAUAAGGUUUUGUGCAUGAGACCCUUCAGAAUUCGAAUAAAUUUAUCACUAUGAAUUUCAUUGAUCAAAGUGGACUUUAUUCUAUGUACAGUUACAGUGUUCAUUAUUGAUUUUAAAAUUCAGCUAAUUCGAAUGAAACGGCAAAAAUUAUAAUUUAAGAAAUUAUAAUUAAGAAUAUAAUUCCUUUUCUAAAUUUUUCAAAUAAAAGGGAUUUUCUUUCCAGCGUGGUAACUUUUUCGCUAAAUCAACAGAAAAAUUUCUUUAGAAAUAAAAUUUCCGGAAAUUAAAAUAUUUUUAAUUUCUAUUAUCUGAGAGCAAUGCCUAAAAUAACAUUCAAUUAUAUGCAUAAUACAUUUAAAUAUGUGCAAAAAUACAUAUACGUACAUAUUUAUCCAUGAUAAGAAAUUGAAGCGAAUAUACAUACGUACGUACCACGUAGUUAUACUUUAUGCAGUCAGUGUAGCACCCCGCGCCUCCUUCAGUAAGCAGAUAGUAAAUAAAAAUUAAAUGAAUUUGGAAUUUAUAAAUAUAUAUAAACAAAUACACAUGCGUGUGUAUACACAGAAACAUACAAUAAUGAAUCAGUACAUACAAAUAUAUACGCAUAUAUUUAUGGAUUAACAUAUUUAAAAGAAAAUAUAUAAAUUGAAAAUUAAUUAGUAUGUGCAAAGAAAGUUUAACGCAAAGUUUUCAAAAAUCAAAAAAUAAAAACAGAAAUAGAAACUUUCACUGAAUGCUGCUUAAUUACCAUUACAUAAGUACAUACAUAUUACCUGCAAAAUGUAUUUCUUUUUUAAACUUUAUGUUACAAUUGCAACUGGGUACGAAAGUGACGAAAUGAAAACAAAAACAACUAAUUUGUGUACACACUUGUGAAAUGACUAAAAAUGAACAAAUAUAUAUAUAUAUAAAUAAAAGAAUUUAUAAAUUCUUCAA